GCUCAGUUACCAUGACACCAGCGGAGCGUCUUGUUGUGUUUCUGAGCAACAGGAGAAGCGAUUUCAUCGGAACAAACACGGCUCUAACACGGCUUAUUCCCAUCACUCUGUUUGCCUGCAUUUCUCUAUAAAGCACUCAUGGAUUCCGCGUCUCCACCUGUUCUGAGAACAGACGCAGAUCUAAAGCUGAAAGUAGAAAACAGAAAGAAGAACGUGUUUGUAACGCAGUUAGAGGAGCACAGAGAGCAGAAGGAUGAGCAUAUAAAGCACAUCCCUGUAAUAACUCAGGGCUCCAGCGGGCUCCUCGAGACGGGUGUGAACACGCUGCAGUCCACACUGGUCCUGAAGAAGCGCGUGGAGGUGGACGAGCUGAACGCACAGCUGAUGGACAAACGGCAGCAGGUUCACGACUGCAUGAAGAUCCUGCGGGAGAGACGAGCUCAGCUACAGCAGAGACAGACGGAGACAAAACACAGGGCAGCAAAAUUUGACAAAUUUGUGGAGGAGAACGAGGUGAAACGUCGCCGUGCGCUGAAGAAAUUCCAGAUGGAGAAACAGCAGAAUGAACUGAAGGAAAAGGAGAAAACUGAACUGUCCACACAACUCCAGGACUUACAGGCAAGGCGAAUGUAUUUAAAAGAGCGAGUGAACAAGUACAAGAUAUUUGAGGAGUUUCUGAUGAAGACUCUUGAUUUACUUCCAGACAACUAUCUAGGGUACAGGACGGACCUGGUGAUGCCGAUCAUCAGACGCUACGAGACGCUGAGCAUCAGCCGACAGGAUCUCCUGCAGCAGUUAAACAGCUUGAUGGACGAGCUGAAGACGAGCCAGAACCAGCUGGAAGCCCUCAAACACCAGCACAACACGUAUAAACUGACGACCAACCAGGAGCUGUCCGAACGACAGAUGCAGCUGGAUCAGAUGAAUGAGAAGAACAAGCAGCUGGAAAUGACGCUUCAGAUGCACAUGGCCCAGUCCAGAGACCAGGUGGAGGAAGCAGGGAACAUCCUGAUAGCCGUGAGAAACCUUGGAGAGCAGUGUUACCUGAGCCACUACGGCCCUCUGGACAGCAUGGACACGGUCACCAUGAUGGACAUGAUAAAGGAGUUUAUUGUGGAGAAAGCAGACCUGGAGAGAAGAGCCACGAGACUCACAGACAACAGCGCUGCCACAGCCAAGAAAAACCUUUCCGGAAGAAUCCAGCCAAAGAGCCGCAGCAGCAGAUCCACUGCCAGGAAGACGCCGCAGUAGAUCCAUGCUGUCGCAACGAGAGCGUGUGUCUGAGUUCAGUACCAGCAUUUGGGUUUAGAUACGAAUGACAUUGCUUAACUUUUUCCCCAUCAUUGAAUUUUCCAGCAAUCAAGUUAUACAGUAGGAGGCGCUAUUAUGCAUCUUCUAGUACAAACUUUCCAGAUCAAAACACAGGCGAAGAAGCAGAAACAAACGAUAGAUGCAUUGCUGAAGCACAUGUAAAAUAACGUGAUCAUCAAACAUUAAGCAGCAUAUAAAUCAAAACUGCCUGACGUUACUCAAUGAAAUGAAGCAUGAAGAGGAAACGACUGUGAAGCUUUGAGGUGUUGAUGGACGUCUCCAUCGGUUUGAUCAUCUCUGAAUACCAUCCAGACAAAGACUUUGACUAAAACUUGAUUUUCUCAGCUUUUUGUUCAAAAUGUUGCUUUUUAUGAAGCUUACUCACAUUCAAGUGUUGAUAAAAAAGGCAUGAAGUUAGAAUAAAACAUGGUUUUGUUUAAAAGCAGAGGCUCUGUUUUUUUAUUGCACGUUCAGAUAUUAAUACAUCAAAAUAUUCUGGGGGUCAUGAAACGUCUGUGAAAAUGAUAAAAAAUGCUGUCAACUUUUUCAAAAAUGUAAGCAGGGAAAGAGUUAACAGAGUCAACGUGAAACAGUUAAAUGUUUCUGAUGGUUCCUGCUGUUUGUGAACUUUGAAACUAAACUUUUGCUGAAUAAAUAAGAGACUGUUAGAGAUGCUGUGCAUUAAACUCAAAAUGUGCAUUAAAGAGAUUAUCAAAUGA